AUGGGGAAGUCUCGAGGCGGCAAGUACCCCCACAAGGGCAAAGGCUCCCGAAAAGGCCCUGCUGAGGAAGACGGGUCAGACGAGGAGGACUAUGAGCACCAGCAGCGCGGCCUCGGCGGCCAGCGUGCUAACGUAGGCAUGCUGCCCCCGAGCGAUAGCGAGGACGACGAGGGUGAGCAGCCUGCCAGCAAGGGGGAGGCAUCCUCGUCUCAGCCCAGCGGUCAGAACAAGAACGCUGGCAAGAUGCCGCCCAGCGACAGCGAGGGCGAUGAGGAUGACGAUAGCAGUAGUGACGAUGACCCGACCCCGGAGUACCUUCGUACGGCACCGACCGCGAGGAAGAAGGAGCCGGUGGUAGAGCCCAGGUCUGAGGAGCAGGUGCGCAAGGAUCUGGAUCGACUGGAGCUGAUCCGCAAAAAACGUGAGGAGGACCGGCUCAAGCGGAUAGCGGAUGAGGGCUGGGACCGCUUCGCCCCAAUUUCGGAUACCAACAAGCCGCCGGGAUACGUGCCAUCCGAUCACCCCAGCAAACAAGCCUAG